UGGCAUUAAUUUCCUCUUACUGCGCAUACACUGUACAGUAUAUAGCUUAUAAUUUGCAAUAUUAUUGUAUAAUAGGGACAGUAUAAUACAAUUUGUUUUAAAAAGAUACAUGUCAUAAUUAAUGUAAAAUUAUGUAGUGAGUGAGGUAUGAACAUUGAAAUUCAACCGCACCCCUCAACGUCAGUAUGAUGUGACACAAUGUGAAAUGUCAUCAAUAUCGCGGGUGUGGCGGCGCUAGUAUAAAACUUUGAACUUACCACGCUUUAUCCCUGAAUGUUCGAAGAGCUCCAUAUUAAUGGAAAAUGCAAGAAAAACAGUAAUUCCAUGAUUAGAAUAGUGAAUCAACUAUGCAAGAUAUUAGUUCGGAUAUACGAGCGGCGAUUGAUGACGGACGUACCGAUAUCAUUCGAUCGUUAAUUAGCGCAUGUGACAAUGGAAACGUUGGAGAGCAAAUUACCAGAGAAGACAUCCUUAAUCACCCAUUUCUUGAGGAGGGAACAUUUCUUUCUUAUGCUUCUAAGAUAAAUCAGGUAGACGUUGUUCGAACACUAUUGAAUUAUGGAGCUGAUCCAGCCAUUAAGAAUACACAUGGGCAUAAUGCAGUCGAUGUGGCAGCAAGCGAAGUGAUUCGCUUAAUUUAUGUCGAGGAAUUAUUGAGAGCAACAGCUGCAUCAGAAAUAGAUAGAGUUUUACAACUAUUGGCAGCGGGAAUUGACAUUAAUUCGUGGGACUCUGAAGGUAGCAAGAAUACACCAUUGCACUGGGCAGCAUGUUACGGCAACAAAGAAAUGAUGACAUGCCUUAUAGAUCAUGGCGCGAAUGUCAAUGCAGAAAAUAGCUGUGGUGUUACACCAUUACACGAAGCUAUUGGCCGCGGGGAUGUAGCAAUAUGUCAGGAACUCCUGCAGGCGGGUGCCAAUCCUCAUAUCCGUGCAAUCCAAGGAAUGUUCAGUGGGAAAACAGCCUAUGACCUCUCACGCAGCAAAGCUUUGAUAAACAACUUGAUGCAGCGUUUUGUCACAAAUUCAAUUUCACAAAAACCGGAGGAUAUUUCUAGCCCAGAAAUAUCCCAUCCCGAUACCAGUAACUUUACCCAAACAAGUCUUGUCUCAAACAUCAGUCAAAUUUCGAUUGAGUCAACCAAGUCUACUGAACCACUCUGCGAACUCAAUCACGAGCCGACUACCGAAGACUCUAUCCCCCUUAACAAAUCCAAAAACCCAAUCUGGGGUGAGAUAUGGCCACAGCCAAGGACCAUUCUUGAUCUUUCCAACCAUUCUGCUUCGUUCAUCGCUGGAAAAGAACUAUUCAUUUCAAUAAUCCAAGGCGGCGAGUCGAUUCAUGACAUUUUAGAUGUCUGGGAGGUCUCUCGAGCUCACUUACUGGAGCUAGGUCACGAUGUGAAGGUUGGCGAGGUUCAGCCCGGGUCAGGCCGUUGUAUGGGAGAUAACAGAAUUGAGUGUAUCGUAAACAAGAAACUAUUCAAUGUAGCAGAGGGCUACCAGCUCCAUAUAUCCCAAAGCUCCAUAAAAGUAAGCGCUGGCAGUUUGCCAGGCCUUCAUUAUGCAGUCUGCACUCUUGUGCAAAUUCUACGCCUCAGCAAGAAUAUCGAAAGUCCAGACAUUUGUGAGAUACAGCCAGUGCUUAUUAAAGACGAACCACGCUUCAAACAUAGAGGAAUUCUCUUCGACAUCUCCCCUAGGGGACGAACUCCAACAUUGGAAUACCUCCUGUACACGAUAGAUCUUUGGUCUUCAUUUAAAAUCUCUCAUUUACAUCUUUACUCGAGGCUCAAUCCUAGUUGCGACUGGCAAUUAUGCUAUUCUAGACUGGAGAUGGUAACAUUGGAUCGUUACUGCAGAGAUCGUCAUAUAGAUAUGAUCCCGGCCCUCGACGUAGACCAGAAUAUUAGCCAACGUCACCUUAAUCAAAUGUGGCCAGUCUUCCAGGAGGUACUAGCAACAUUUCCCAGUUUAGGAUAUGUCCACGUCGGUCCACGACUGGCGAGUCUGUUAGUGCAAGCAGAUAACUUAGAUUACAGCCUCAGCAUUAAUGAAACUGUUGAAACUGACAUGUCAGAGGUAUUCAAAUCUUACUCAUGUCUCCAAGAGUUGUGGCAUAUCUUGGACCUCAACUCCGAUACAACACUUCUACUCUGUUCGAAUGGAUUACAUUCAAAAUCGGAAUUUAAAAGUAUUCCCAGUAAUGUAAUUCUUGUGGAAUAUGGAUUUCAAGCUGAUUACGAUUUUUCCGAGUGGACAGAAGCGUUCAAGAUAGCCGGAGGCAAUGUUCUUCCCAGCUCAGGCACCGCUAGUUACAAUUCUCUUGCUGGAUGCCCAGCAUCUACCUUUGCUAAUACCAGAAAUGCAAUUAAAACGGCAUUGGAACAAAACUCUAUUGGAGUCGUUGUCGCUCAUUGGUCGGGCAGUCAUCAUCUUACUCCUCAUCCUUUCUCAUGGCUGGGGUAUUUGGUUGGAGCUGGAUUGACGUGGAAUCCCAACUCUGAUGUCGAGCUAGGUCUUAAUGACACUUUCGAUGCUGAAGUUAGUACAGAUGGGAAGUAUCAAACCUUUCUAACUAAUAUAUUGAACAUUCACGUCUUCCAUGAUAUCGAAAAUAAAGUGGGAAAUGCAAUUUUAGAACUCGGCCGAUUGGAUACGCUAGUAUUAACGCUGUCGAAGAAUCAAGACUGCAAUGAUCUUCGGCAAAUUCCUGAUAACAGAGGAUCUACUCUUUAUAGACUUUUAACUGAUCCUGAUAAUGUGAAUUUAGAAUUUUUGAGUGCUGAUCUUUUCGCUAGAAUGACAAAGCAGAUUAAACGUGUAACUCAUGGACUUUAUGAAGCUAAUGUGACAUCAAAGUUUGGAUCAAUGGAGAUUCAAGAAUUACAGCUUACAGCUGAUCUUAUGCUAACUGCUUGUAAGAUUGGUAGAACUCUCAUUGGAGUUGGAUUGAAUCCUAAUAGCAACAUGGGACUUGCAGUCAUUAACUUAGGAAUCAAUAAUCUACCCCCGACAUUCAGGACUGAUAUUGCUAACAAAAUGCUGGCGCUCAUUGAGCAAUACAAGGGUGCCUGGUUGCAGAGACAUCUGCCUCAAGGGCUGCAGAGCUCGUUGUUAGUUCUAAAUAGUGCCCUAUAUCGAUUUGUACCCGCGCCGUAAUUUUUUUUAAUCCAACAGGUUAAGCUAAUAUAGUUUAUAUUUGCGUUCAUCACAUAAUUGUAAAUUUCAAUACAGAAAGACACAUUUAUGAUAAAUAA